GUUUAUUUUUAUUUUCAUAUUCAGUCAGUAAUCUCAGCACCAUGCUAGGAUACCUGUGUGGUUUUAUUUGCAUGUAGUCUUAAUAAACCGCCUUAUACCCCAAGAAUGUGCUGUGUGCCGCACUGCAGGCGGAACGCUUCUUCCUUCUGUAGUGGUGUGGGGGACGGAAUUAGUUGUUGGACACAUGGUCCGUUUAUCUCCGUGUCCCCCAUUCGGCGAGAAGAUGCUGUCAUUUCGGAAUGAGCUUCUUCUCAAACAGGCUGCUGCCCUCUGCAGGUUAAUAGGGCAAAGACCAACUCCCCACAGUAAUUCUGGGUUCUUAGUGCAGAGCAGCACCAGGAACUACCGCUCACAACCCACACAUGGCAUUGGAAGGUUCAAGCACCUGUUACCGCCUGAGACACCAAAGAAAAAAGACAAGCAAAUUGCAAAGGAGAUCAAGGCUGGCUCAGAUUCUGAAUAUGGGGUGCUGAACGUGCAGGUGACUGGUUACAGCAUGAUACAAGUUGAACAUUACACCCAGUAUGUCCACAACCUGUGCACCCGGCUCUCCGUCAAAGUAGAUGAGUGUUAUGCUAAACCCACAAGAACUAAAGAAGUGAUGCUCCUACAGGAACACGGGAACAAGAUGUAUCAGGAUGCCAUGUUGACAACCCAUGAGAGAGUUGUGCAGGUGAGUGGUUUAAGUGCUACAUUGGCUCCUAUUCUCAUGGAAGUUCUUAUUAUGAAUCAACCAGAAGGAGUCCAGUUGCUGGUUAAAGAGCACACUGAGGCUGAUUACCAGGUCCGGUUUAAAGCUCGUCCAGAACUUGAAAAUUUGGUGGCAUCAAUGAGCUGAAACACUUCUGCUUCUUUUAUACAUAAAGAUCUGCUCUAGUGACCUGUGUGUGAGGAGAACGUGUUGCAGAACGCACCCUUGUUUUAUGAAUAAGCCUGCGCUGCACACAAGUUGUGUAAUAUUGCAGAAUCUGAGGUCUAAUCAGACAACGCCCUGUUAUACACAGAGUUCUUUUUCUCUCUCUUGAGGGGGAAGAAUCAUAUAAAAUAUACUUUAUUUAAUAAAAACAUUUUUUUCA